AUGAAACGACGUAGCGAAGAUUAUCUGGCAUAUUCUUGUCGUGUGAAUCGAGCCUGUGUAGAUUUUGAAAUUGGAAAAUUAACUGAGGAACAAUUCAAGUGUCUGAUAUACGUAUGCGGACUGCGGGACGAAGAAGACGUCGAGAUUCGAACACGUCUACUUGGAAAGAUCGACGACCGAAACGACACAACACUGGAAAGUUUAACAGCAGACUGCCAGCGUAUUUUGAACUUAAAAAAAGACAGUGCUAUGAUCGAGAAAGCAGCAACCGAACAAGUUUUCGCUGUGCAAAAGAAAACUGACGAACCAAAGUUUUCUGAGCGCCAAAAUUUCCAGAGCAGAAAGCACGAAUAUAAGCGUCCUCAAACCCUACCUGGAAGAAAUUGCUGGCUUUGUGGAAAAAAUCAUUGGGCGCGUGAUUGUCCUUUUAAGUCGAAUGUGUGUCGUGUCUGUAAGAAAAAGGGUCAUAGAGACGGUUACUGUCCAAAACCGAAACGUUAUUCAGAUAGUCCAACAUACAGAAACAAGUUUUCAUCACGAGUGGUUUCGGUGAAUACAACGAAUGUUCAGCAAAGGCGAAAAUAUAUCAAUAUUUUUAUAAAUAAUGUAAGCACUCGAUUGCAGUUCGACACAGGAUCUGAUAUAACGAUCAUUAAUCGAAACGUAUGGCAACGUCUUGGAAAGCCUGAACUAAAACGAACAGUUAGCGCAAGAACAGCAUCAGGAAGCGGACUCUUUCUGUUAGGAGAGUUUGAAGCGAAUGUUACCAUCGGAAGCGUAACUCAUGUGGCUUCUUUAAGAGUAGCACAGGCAGACAUACUAUUGCUCGGAACAGACUUAAUAGACCUGUUCGCACUUGGUUCUACCCCCAUGGAUGCUUUUUGUAGGCAUAUCUCAUCUGAGGAUUACUCUAAGACGGUUGAGCGGAGAUUUCAAGAGGUCUUCAACGGCAUGGGUCUGUGCACAAAGGCUAGUGUAAAACUGCAGCUGAAGGAAAACGUUCGUCCAGUAUUUUGCCCAAAGCGACCGGUAGCUUAUGCAGUACAGGAGUUAGUCGACAAGGAACUCGAUCGACUAGAGCAGAUGAGCAUAAUAUCUCCAACGGAUUACUCUGAAUGGGCAGCACCUAUCGUCGUCGUCCGCAAGGCAAACGGCAGCAUUCGGCUUUGCGGGGACUACUCAACUGGACUAAAUGACGCGUUGCAGCAACAUGAGUAUCCUUUACCAUUACCUGAAGAUAUCUUCGCUAGACUAUCGCAAUGCAAAAUAUUUAGCAAAAUUGAUCUAUCCGAUGCUUUCUUACAGGUAGAAAUCGACCCUGCCUACCGAUCUUUACUCACCAUCAAUACGCAUCGAGGUUUAUUCACCUACAAUAGAUUGCCGCCUGGUAUUAAGAUUGCUCCAGCAGCGUUCCAGCAGCUUAUCGACACAAUGCUGGCUGGUGUAAAAGGAGUGUCAUGUUACAUGGACGACAUCAUUGUCGGAGGAGCCACUGAACAAGAGCAUGAAGCAAAUUUAAUGGCAGUUUUGAAAAGAAUUCAAGAGUAUGGAUUCAGCAUUCGAUCGGAAAAAUGCGCUUUUAAGGUUCAGCAACUAAGAUAUUUGGGUUACAUCAUCGACACCCACGGAUUGCGCCCCGAUCCAGCGAAGAUCGAUGUCAUAAAAAGGCUUCCAGAACCAACAGAUGUGAGCGGCGUCCGAUCCUUUCUAGGAGCCAUAAAUUAUUAUGCCAGAUUUGUCCCAAACAUGCGAGAGUUGCGAUAUCCACUGGAUAACUUAUUGAAGACAAAUGCACAAUUUCGAUGGACCGCCGAUUGUAAAAGAGCGUUUGAAAGAUUUAAAUCCUUGCUAUCAUCGAACUUGUUGUUAACGCAUUAUGAUCCAAGGCAUAAAAUAAUAGUAUCGGCAGAUGCAUCAUCAAUAGGUAUUGGUGCCACUAUUAGCCACAUGUUUCCCAAUGGUACCAUACGUGUGGUUCAACACGCCUCUAGAGCACUUACAAAAACGGAAGAAGGAUAUAGCCAAAUAGAUCGUGAAGGACUGGCAAUCAUCUUCGCGGUAACGAAAUUCCACAAGAUGAUAUUUGGAAGGCGUUUCCAGCUUCAGACAGAUCAUCGUCCACUACUGCGGAUCUUUGGGUCGAAAAAAGGGAUCCCAGUCUACACUGCCAACCGCUUGCAGCGUUUUGCGCUCACGCUAUUGUCAUACGAUUUCGGCAUUGAAUAUGUACGCACCGAAUCAUUCGGAAAUGCCGAUGUACUCUCCAGGCUAAUUAACAAGCAUGAUAAACCGGAUGAGGAUUGUGUAAUCGCUUCUGUUGCACUAGAGAUGGAUGUAAAGUCUAUUGCAACAAGCGCUUUAGUUACGUUUCCCUUGAGUUUUAGAGAGGUCGCUCGAGAAACGAAUCGUGAUCCUAUAGCAAGGAAGUUGCAUUACUACAUAAAAAACGGGUGGCCACGUAACAUUGCCCUUGGCGCAGAUUCAUCUCGUUAUCACAGCAGGAAGGAAGACUAUUCAACGGUGGAAGGAUGUAUUUUGGUCGGAGAGAGAGUGUUAAUACCAGAGAAACUACGCAAGCAAUGUCUGUCCCAGCUUCAUCGAGGACAUCCUGGUAUCCAGCGCAUGAAGGCGAUUGCGCGUAGCUAUGUGUUUUGGCCGUCGUUAAAUGAAGACAUCAUCGAUCUCGUCAGUAAUUGCCAUUCAUGUGCUCUGGCAGCAAAAUCUCCUGCUCAUGCUGAUCCUUUGCCGUGGCCGAAGACAACAACGCCAUGGGAGCGUGUCCAUGUGGACUACGCGGGCCCAAUAGAUGGAGACUAUUUUUUGGUAGUAGUCGAUGCGCAUACUAAGUGGCCAGAGAUCAUCCGGACGGCUAGUAUCACAGCCCGCAUAACCGUUAGCAUCUUGAGAGGGUUGUUCGCGCGUUUCGGUAUGCCCACGACACUGGUGAGCGACAAUGGCACACAAUUCACCAGCGGUGAGUUUUCAGAGUUCUGUUUGAGUAAUGGUGUGCAUCACAUUACGUCUGCCCCGUUUCAUCCGCAAUCAAACGGGCAGGCAGAAAGAUUCGUAGAUACGUUUAAGCGCUCGUUAACCAAGAUAAGAGUAGGAGGAGCACCGCUGCAGGAAGCACUGGACCUAUUCCUACAGACAUAUCGAACCACGCCAAACCCUCAGUUAGAGCAAAACAAAACACCUGCUGAAGUUAUGUUUGGACGACCUAUACGAACGUGUUUUGAUUUACUCCGUCCCCCAAGGAAAAUUCAACAUGAUUUUAGAGAAGGGAAUGAAAGAUCGUUCGAGCGUGAUGACCUUGUCUAUGCUAAGGCGUAUAGUAGGAACAAUUGGCAUUGGGUUCCAGGAAGAGUGAUUCGGAAACGUGGAAAUGUUACCUACGAGGUACUGACUGGUCAUCGCAGCGUCAUUAGACACAUUAAUCAACUGAAAAGGCGUGGACCAUUAAACAGCCAGGGUCCCAUGACGGAACGUUUCAAUCCAUUACCGUUGGAUGUAUUAUUGGAUUCCUGGAGCAUACCCGUUACACCAUCAGUGCUCCCAGAUGUUUAUCCAACACAACAUGCACCGCCAGUGGCGACUCCAACUGAGCCGCCAUCUCUUCCCCCACAUCGAUCCAUUCCUCAGCAUCAACGUUCACCACGUCGCUCUUCUCGGUCUAGAAGAGCUCCACGUCGGUUCGAUCCGUACCUACGCUAUUAAAAAGGGGGAGAUGUUGUGGUCACGAAGUGGAAGGCUCCCUACAUUCGGCGUUAAGGACGUAUGCAGCCACUGAGUGACUGAUGAGCGGUUAGCAGACGAGAGAGCGCCAGACGCUCGUGGGACACCGUCGGGAACACAAGGGCUGAUCGUGUAAUAAAGUAUUGUGUAUUGUUUAUUA